UAGAGCUGUGCGCAUCAUAUUUUUCUUUUGUUAUCACCGAGUUAAUAUGCGUUCGGUGAUUAUAGGCCUGUUGCUGUUUGCGAGAGACUGGAGCUCAGCGGUACUCGGUUUGAAACAAUCCACCUCAAAAGUAGUCGGCGGACACGAAGCAAAGCCUGGUGAAUUUCCGUAUCUGGUGUCGAUUCAAUGGAAUUUUGCCAAUGGUUCUCGAGCGGUUCAUUUUUGCGGUGGGACGAUUGUCGAUGAAUUAUGGAUCCUAACUGCGGCCCAUUGCAAAGAAACUAAUUUCGACGUGGGCUGGUUGGAGGUUGUUGCUGGAAAGCACGAUUUGCAGCGCGUGGAGAGUGUGGAGCAACGACGAAAUGUGAGUGAUUUUUUAGUACACGAAGAUCGCGCACCGGGCUUUGUUGGACCGAAUGAUAUCGCCUUGAUUCGACUUGAAGAGCCGCUGCGACUGACGGGUGAUGUUUCGAUAAUUAAAUUGGACUACAGAAAGUCGUCGGUUUAUGGAUACGCGGUUCUUCCUGGAUGGGGAUCUAUUUCACCUACCGUAGAGCCAACUUAUCCAGAGAAACUACACAAAGUUAGCUUACCUGUUUUUCCAUACGACGCAUGUCUGCAGUACUUUCCUCUGUUUAGUCCACUUGAAGAGAGUAACUUUUGCGCCGGGGAGCUAAGUGGUACGGCUAACGCCUGCCAUAAGGACUCGGGUGGACCGCUAAUUCAGACAGUGGACGGACACGAAACUCAGGUGGGUAUCGUUUCCUGGGGUGCUUUUCCGUGUACGGCGUAUCGCAGUCCAACUGUAAUUACCUCGAUCAGCGCUUUCAGGGACUGGGUUCGGAUGACGAUGACAGGCUUUGGUUGA